UACCCCGACCUCAGCGCCUUCAAAGCUACAGGCGGCAAGGUCAUCCACAUCUACGGCAAGUCAGACGACUCUAUCCCGGCUGGCUUAUUAGUAUACUGCUACGACUCUAUGCAUAGCGUCAUGUUUCCAGAUAAGAGCUACAAUAAAUAAGAGCAUGACUGCUCUAGAUGAAUUUUAUAAACCGUUCCUCGUCCCUGGCGGAGCUUACUAUAGAAGUAACUCUAACUAGCCUUAUAGUGGCUGGCCCUAAACCACGUUGCAAACUGCUAUUAAAUGCGUUAAGGAGGAUAUUAUUCAUGAGACUCUGAAAGGUACUGAUGGCAUUGUUACUAUCUGCCGCUGGCCUCUUUGUCCUCCCUGGUCCAGAAAGAAUUUUUUAUGCUUUUGAUCUGACCUUGCUAUUCCUGACUAAGCCUGAUCGACACGCUUUUACCGCAUUAAGAAAAGCUAAGACCCCGUUCUGAUCCUGUCGUACAAAACCACUAUGCCAAAUAGGAUUAAAAAC